GGAAAAUCCCUAAUACUGACACACAACCAAUCAGAAACCAGGGUUGAAGAUUGACUUCUUAUCUUUAGCCAAUCAACAGUCAGAUAAGCAAUAAGCUGUAGGGUCCCUAAAAUCCUUAACCCCCUUUCUUCCUAAACUCAUCGCCUUAAUCUUCAUCUUCUUCUUCUUCUCACUGUAGAAAACAGCCAAGAAAAGUGCUGCAUGGGCCAAAAAAAAAUUAUGUAACACAUUGCAAGAGUAAAAGCGCCUGUUUUGUAGGGUCAUUUCCUUUGUAUUAUUGCAUAAACUCAGUCCCGCUAUAGUUCCUUUACUUUAUAUAAGUAUUUGCCUGGUCCAAAACUCCAACACAUAAAUAGUACUAAAAAAGAAUACACAAUAAAAAUUUUCAUUUCAUGCACCAAAACCAUAACCAAAAAAGGCCUUCUUCUCAAACAGUUAGUUCGGUUUCGAGAGUUGUUCGAUUUAGAUUUUCAUUUUUUGCGUCUUUGCUUCCUUCUGUAAUCAUCGCCGUCUGAAAAAGAAAGAUGAUUGCAGAAGGGAAAGCAGCGAAUGCAUUAGGAGGAAAAACAGCAAGAGCUUGUGAUAGCUGCUUAAAGAAAAGGGCAAGAUGGUUUUGUGCCGCUGAUGAUGCUUUCCUUUGUCAAGCUUGCGAUACAUUUGUUCAUUCCGCUAAUCAGUUGGCGAGUCGACACGAACGGGUUCGUCUCGAAACGGCGUCGUCUUUUCGGGUCUCCGAUUUAGCCAAGUUUGUUGUUGAUGACGAAGAAAACAAUGUUGUUGGGCCGCCGACGUGGUUCACCCGUAAGGCCCGGACUCCGAGAGGUUAUACCAAGCCUCCGGCCAAGGUCGCGGCCGCGGAGGCAAAUAACUCGCACCCUUUAGUCCCGGAGAUGAGUGGUGAUGAUGAGUUAGCUUCUCCUGAUGAUGAAAGUGAAGAGCAGAUUCUUUGUCGGGUUCCGGUUUUUAAUGAUGAACCCUUUUCUUCUUCUGCUGCUGAGUUGAACGAUGACGAUCAACAACAACUCAGUCUUUUGUUUGAUGAUGAUCAUCACGAUUUGGAAAUUCCAGAUUUCAUUGCUUCAGAUGCUGAACUUGCUGAGUUUGCUGCUGAUGUUGAAAGCUUGUUAGGGAUUAAUGAAGAGUUUGAUGAUGGGUUGGAAGGAAAAGUAGCGGAGGAAGGUAAUCUUAAUAUUAAUCUUAAUCAGUUAGAUGUUUGUUUUGAAGAAGAUCAAAGAAGAUUAGUGAAAGUUGAAGAUGACGAUGAUCAGGAUGGCGCAGAAGUACAAGCAGUUAUAGCUUGUCAUUUCGAUCCAGCUUUAGAUAUGGCUAGGGAAUCUUUGUGUUGGGAUUUCCAGUACUCCUCAUCUCCAUUGCCUGGAGAAGAAGAAGAGGAAGAAGAAGAAGAGUUUAAGGUUUUGAAAGCAAAUGAUCAAAUGGCUCCAAUAUUAAUGAAGGAGGAUAACAAUGAAAGUAAAGAACAAAGGAGGAUGAAGCUCUUAAAGCUCAACUAUGAAACAGUCAUCACUGCUUGGGCUAGCCAAGGUUCUCCAUGGGCUGAUGGAAGAAAACCGGAGUUCAUUCCCGACGACUGUUGGCCCGAUUUCAUGGAUAUUAGCCCUAGGGAACUUCACCAUCAACCAUUUGGAGAUGGAGGAAGGAGAAUAGGUGGACGAGACGAAGAAAGAGAAGCAAGAGUACUAAGGUAUAGGGAGAAGAGAAGAACAAGGUUGUUCUCCAAGAAGAUUCGGUACGAAGUUAGGAAACUGAACGCUGAAAAGAGACCUCGGAUGAAAGGACGAUUUGUAAAGAGGACAUCAUUUGCAGGGCCGCCGUCGUCGACUUUCCCAAGUUACCUGAUGAACAAGAACAAAUAAGACUAAUCAUGCAAAAAUUAGGCCUAAUUCUUAAUGUAGUUAUUAUAUAUCCAUGGCGAUAUUACACGAUAUCGCCAUGUCUACUAGUAUCUAGCAAUUUUCUCUGUAUGUAAUCAUGUAAUGUAUGGUAGAGUCAAUGUUUUGGCUGUUGACUUUAUUAUGAUAAUCUGAAUGAUUUUCUAUAUAUGAGUGUUGAAAUUAAUCAAUACGCCAUCUAUCAAACUUAAUACCAGUUGAUAAUGGUGUAACGGCGUACAAGAUUAAGGAGUGCUAAUUCACUGUGUAGUGAACGCAAUGUGGG